AUGGUUAUCGGAAUUUUCAUUGCUGCAGCAUUCUCCCUAAGAACGUACCCACUACGUUCAUACAACCACGUGACCUACCCCAAACAUUCCUCGAUGUAUAGACCCAGGAGAUCUCUCCCGGACGGUGUUCCUGAUGACAAUCUCAGAAAAAACGGCAAUGGUCGACCAUCACUUGAGAGCCAUGAGUCGUCGAUGGUGGAGGAGCCUUCGGAGCCUAGAAUCCAGUCCAACCAAGAGAUACGAGGACGGAUGAACUUGAAGGGAUUCAACCCUAACGAAAAACCCUAUGACCAAAAAAAAAAGGUCCAGUAUACAAUAGAAAACCUAGAUGGUGGGACGUUGGAGAUAACUUUGAAUCAAGUCUCACCUUCUGAGAAGGGUUUCCAACACCUCAGAAACAGCAGUAGCAGAGCACGUUCCAGAGCAGACCACGUGUCGAUGUGCGAUAUCCUGGGCGGCUGCAGGCUUCCAGAGAUACCUGAUCAUUCUGAUGAAUUCAUCAUACCAAGAAACAUAGAUGAAUCGAAAGAUAAUCCGGUAGGAGAAGAUGAAGAAGAAGAAGUCCAUGAAGUUGAUGAAGAAAAAGAAGUCCAUGAAGAAGCAAGAGAUCGAGAAGAGAUCGAGGAACAGAUUGAAUCAACUGAAGAAACAAAGACGCCAGUACAGGAACUCCCCAAUGGACCUACAACCACUACUACUACAGUUGAAGUACAAAUACAUAGUGUAGUGCUAAAAGUGAAGCACGUAUUUCCGAACGAUGAAAUCAAACCACAACUGAUGCAACCCAUCAAAAAUGAUACACCUAUACUGAUUCCAUUCAGGAAAUGGGACCUCAGCCAAUUGCCUGCUCUUACAAACGGCGCAAAAAUUGAAAUUUGGACAGUCAAAACGAGCGCUUCGGUGGAACGUCCUCGGUACGUUAUUGUGUGCUUCCAGAAAGCUAAACGUGACAUUGUCGAAGCUGAUGCUACCCACUUUGAUAACACGAGCAUAGUUAGUAUCAGAUUAGCCCUUAAUGGUGAAUAUUGGCCCAAUGAGAGAAUGCAGCUGGAUUUCGCUAAACAAGACUACAACCUUGCUUACUACAACUAUACCAGGUUCUAUUCUAGCUAUUCACAUUCGACGGAGGUUCACCCAAUCUUGGAUUAUGGGGAAUUCAAACAGCAUGCAUUAUUUGUGAUUGAUUGCUCGAGGCAGGAAGAGACCAUGAAAUCAUCGACAGUUGAUAUAAAGCUUGAAAUCGAAGCCGAUGAAGGAUUUCCUGCUGACACCAAAGCCUAUUGCAUCAUCGUACAUGACUGUCUGCUAGAGUACUUCCCUCUAACGAAAGUCGAACUCUGCAAUGGACCUACAACCACUACUACUACUACUACAGUUGAAGUACAAAUACAUAGUGUAGUGCUAAAAGUGGAGCACGUAUUUCCGAACGAUGAUAUCAAACUACAACUGAUGCAACCCAUUGAAAAUGAUAUACCUAUACUGAUUCCAUUCAGGAAAUGGGACCUCAGACAAUUGCCUGCUCUUACAAACGGCGCAAAAAGUGAAAUUUGGGCAGUCAAAACGAGUGCUUCGGUGGAACGUCCUCGGUACGUUAUUGUGUGCUUCCAGAAAUCUGAACGUGACAAUGAAGAAGCUGAUGCUACCCACUUUGAUAACACGAGCAUAGUUAGUAUCACAUUAGCCCUAAAUGUUAGCCAACGAAUGGACAGGAGAGUUAGCUCGAAUGAUCAGGGAUCGCGGUCUAUACUGGACGAGGAUAACCCAGUGGAGCACACGGUCUCUCCUCUCGAGCCUUCCAUUUCGUACGAUCUCAUUGAUCUGACAGAUGGAGAAGGUGGCAUCAAGUCAGGGGAUGUGGUUGACAGAUUUCCAUCCAGAGGAGGAGGACCUUUGUUCACGUCUCCCUCAGGCCCUCGGACAGGCCCUCAACCUUCUCCCUAG